AUGACUGUCCUUUUCUUAUGCAAUUCUACAGGAACUGAAAAGAAGGCAUACGUGAUUGGAAAAUUCAAAAAUCCGCGUUGUUUCAAGAAAGCUCGACCCCCGUUGCCAUACUACAGCAGCGUAAACGCAUGGAUGACCAGUUGGAUUUGGUCGGAUAUUUUGCAAAAAUUCGAUCAAGAAUUAGGUAAACGAAAAAAUCUUCUUUUCGCUGAUAACGCCUCCUUUCACAAGAUCAAUGAAACGUUGAAGAACAUAAAAAUCAUUUGUAUGCUGCCGAACACAACAUCCCUGAUCCAACCUUUGGAUCGAGGCAUCAUUCGUACGACGAAGAUGCAUCAUCCUACUCAAGUUAUGAGAGAAAUGCUUCAAGCGGUCAAUGAUGGCACGUCGAUAAUCGAUUAUGCUAAAUCGAUCGCUAUUUUCGAAGCCUUACCUCUNCUAAAUCGAUCGAUAUUUUAA